AUGUACGUGUUCGGCGACGAGUCGGCGGACGUGGGCAACGCGAAUUUCUUCACGCGCGCGACCGUGAAGGCGAAUAAGGCGCCGUAUGGCCUCAGCUUCAAGCCCGCGUCGGGGCGCUUCUCCGACGGCAAGCUCGUCGUCGACUACCUCGCCGACUUCCUCGGAAUCGCCUCGCCGCGCGCCGAUCUCGCGCCCCGCAAUGCGUCGCUUCCCUUCACUGGCCUUGAUUACGCCAUGGUUGGCGCCGGCGCCAAAUCCGGCACCAACGGCGGCAAGACGCGCGGGCUGCAGCAGCAGUUCAACGAGUUCAAGAAGUUCUUCAACGAGGCCAAGCGCACCAACAACCCCGAUCUCAAGCUGGACGAGGCGCUGUUUGUGGUGAGCAUCGGCGCCAAUGAUUAUCUCGCUGAGCUCAGCAGCGCGCAGCCCAACAUGACGAAUCUCGUCGCCCUCGCCUCUUCCGUUUCCAACCUCGUUAUAAACAUCACUCAGUCCCUCUACAACAGCGGUGACCUCCGUCAACGCCGCUGUCGUUGA